AUGUGACAUAAAAAUUAUGACAUAUAGCGAAAUCGUUUACUUAAACACAUAUGUGUAAUGUUGGAUACUUUCAAUAAAAUACCAAAUUUGACAUGAAUUAAACAAAUUGUUAUAUCUAAAGAUUAAAUUUUAAAACCAAAUAUGUCACGACAUCAAAUCAGUGCCCUCAGUAUCGGAUCUAUAGGUUUAACUCCUAGAGAUGAAUUUUGUUAUUAUGAAGGUAAGGAAAUUUAUAACUUGAUCGUAUCUUAAACAUCCCAAAAUCUUUAUUGAUCUGUAGAUAUGAGUGAAGCGGAAUUACAACAGGCACUUGAAAAUAUUGUUUAUUCGAAUCUAUUCCUGAGGUUAGAAAAUGACAUUUUUGAACAAUAUCUCGCGCGUCGGGAUCCUGAAAGUCUUCAAACAAUUGCGCAAAUCUUAGAAACCGCUAAGCGCGUACAAAAAAUCGCGCCUCAACACGCUCGCACAUCGCCCGUUAUGAGCGUAGCCGGAAGUCUUAUGAAUGUUGGCGACAAAGAUUCAGUGAGCGUCACCAGCGUGCAAUCCGGAAGUCGACACGUCACGCCAAGUCUUUUAACAGCCAGAGUACCAACGGGAGGAACAAAGUCCAUCCGCUUCUUGUCGAAUCGUAGAAUCACGUAUAUGCAUCGUAUCGAAAUGGCCAACACCGAAAUCCGGGAAUUACAGAAAGGAUUAGAAAAGUUCGAAAAGACAUCGGCGAAGAAAAGUGUAUGUCUACGAGCGCGAGUGGAAGAAAGUCAGAUUAGCAUUCACGAAACUUGUAAAAAUAGGGAGGAAUUUGAAGAGAACGUUGUACAGAAAGGCAUCGAUAGCAUUACGGGGAAAAUACCGGCUGAAAAGUUUAUCAGAUUUACAGAAGAGUGGUUAAAAGUAGUCGACAUUAUAAUGGAACAAAUCAGAUUGAAAAUGACUACCGUAAAGUGUCAGAUAAGAAAAAUCAGGUUGCAGCUAGCGCAGAGAAGAGAAUUGGGCGAGGCUCUACGCUCCAUAGACUUCGAACAAUUGAACAUAGAAAAUGAAGUUUGCAUACAAAAAAUUGACGAGAAAAAUCGGUAUCUGCUCGAAAUGAAGAGAAUCGCGGGCCACUAUAACAUUACAUUGAGCAAACACAAAAAAAAGGUGGAUGGCUUAGUGUCAACUAUGAAUAAAGUGAGAAAUAAUAUCGUUUUCAAAAGACAGGAGAGCGCAAAAUUGCAAUCAGAACAAACUGCUACAAAAAUUGAAAUAGAAAAAGCGGAAAAACAGCUUGAGUCGAUGAUAGAUUUAAUAAACAAAUUUGAGGUUCCAAGUGUUAUAGAUACCAUUAAAACGCGUAUGAAGCUACAGGAAUUACAAAGAAUCCAUAAACAAUUAAGCAGACGAAGAGAGAUUCAGCGAAUAGUAACUCUCAAAUCUCGAAAAAAAUUACGAGACCUAUCAUAUACGUAAUAGUAAUAUAUA